AUGAACAGCGCCUUGAUCUGGCUGUCUACCGUCUCAUUUUUGCUCACAGUAGUACGAGGAUCCUCGAGCUACUCCGUUGUUCGCGAAUAUUCUGGCCAAACAUUCUUCGACCGGUGGACUCAGUUUGGAAGCUGGGAUAACUUGACGAACGGCAACGCAAAUUUCUUAGACCAACAGGCCGCUGUUUCUGAGCGCCUCAUCUACACUGACGGUGAUGGGCGAGCCGUCAUCAAGGUGGACAAUACCAGCGUCGUGUCUGCACCGUCGGACCGUAACUCGGUGCGAACCUUCGUAUAUUCAUACUCAAUCGGGACGUUGUGGGUCGUCGAUGUUGCUCAUCUACCCUUUGGAUGUUCGGUUUGGCCGUCCAUAUGGACCACAGGAACUGAAUGGCCCUCGCAUGGAGAAAUUGACAUCAUCGAGGGCGUCAACCUAAUGCCUAACAAUGAAUACUCCCUCCAUGCCAAUCCUGGCUUCGCCGUCCCAGGGAAUUCCUCGCAGACCGGUAAAUUCCUCACAACCGAUUGCUCACAAGGGAAUGGAUGUGCCAUCAACGAGACGGCCCCGAAUAGCUUCGGGGAAGGUUUCGCACAGAAUGGUGGUGGCGUCUGGGCAGCACAGUUCGAUACUUCUGGGAUCUUCAUUUGGUUCUGGAGCCGAGGCAAUAUUCCUGUAUCAAUCUUGAAUUCAACAUCGACAUCCGACUUGUCCAUAUCAGAGUGGGGUACCCCCUCAGCUGCAUACCUACCGUCCUCCACCUCGGAUAUCGCGGAUACAUUUGGGGAUCAACAGCUUGUAAUUGAUAUCACCCUGUGUGGUGACUGGGCUGGCCUUGGUACAUUCUAUAAUGCAACUUGUGGUAGCCUGGGAAGAACGGGACUAUGUUAUAACGAUACUGUCAUUGGCGACGGUGCAAACUUCGAUGACGCAUUCUUCGAGAUCAACUACCUGCGCGCUUACUCAAAUGGCGUCGUCGAACCAUCUGCCGCGGUGACGGGAACCAGUACGGCUUCUCUCAAUGUAGGUUCUCCACAAAACCUGCCCACGGUAUUACCAGACUCUUCGACAAGUGGCGCGGCUUCUAUGUUUUUCUCUCGCUGGAUGUAUGUCGUGGUCAUGGGAGGGGGAAUAAUGAGCGUUGGCAUAUCUGGCCUAGGCUUCAUGUAG